UUCGUUCGCCGCAUCACUCCGUUAAGAUAAUUGCUCCGAAUUUUCUUGGGAUUUUCGCGUGUGAUGUGACGUCAUCGGUGUGGAAACUUAUGGGCAGAUAUGCAUUGUGCAUACUAUCAGCAACAUGGGGAGCACCCCGUGAAUAAUGGGAGUAAUCAUUAUUUCAAUGAGGAACACCCGAGCUUACGCGGCACGCCGCUGGCGAUGUUGGCGGCGCAGUGCAACAAGCUGUCGAGCAAAUCUCCGCCGCCGCUGGCCGACGCCGCCGUGGGCAAGGGCUUCCACCCGUGGAAGAAGAGCCCCGGCGCGCACUCCCCGCCCGGCGGUGGCGGCGCGCCGCGCUCGCAGCCGCCCGCCUGCACCCCCUACGGCCGAGGACCCACGUCGUGUGCCGCGCCUCCUUCAUAUGGAAACGACCUCUAUUUCCCGUCAUCUGGCGAUCAACUCUUAGGCAAAAGCGAAUCCAGCGCGAGUCUCGGCUCGAUGUACUCCCGACACCCCUAUGAAUCGUGGCCUUUCAACGUCGGCGGCGGCGGCAGUAGUGGUGCCUUAAAAGCUGCCGAAAUGGGCGGCGUCGGCGCCGUCGGCGGCACGUGGUGGGAUGUGCACAGUGGAUGGUUAGACGUCGGAGGACAAAUGGCAAAUUACGCAGGCCAAGACUACUCGCAAUUAACGCAUUCACUAUCCGGAGGUGCUCACUUACUACCCCCCGCCCCGCAUCUGCUGCAAGACGCAUACAAGUCCGUGUUGCCUACGCAAGGCUCGUUCGGACUGCACGGGCCGGGCUCGCCGGCGCCGCCCGCGCAGGCUCCCUCUCCCCGGUCGCAGCGCCGGUACGCCGGCCGAGCCACGUGCGACUGCCCCAACUGCCAAGAAGCAGAGAGGCUAGGACCCGCGGGCGCCCAUCUAAGAAAAAAGAAUAUUCACAGUUGUCACAUACCCGGCUGCGGGAAAGUGUACGGCAAAACGUCCCACCUAAAAGCCCACCUUCGCUGGCACACAGGCGAGAGGCCGUUCGUGUGCAACUGGCUAUUCUGCGGGAAGAGGUUUACGCGCUCCGACGAGCUGCAGCGACACCUGCGCACGCACACCGGAGAGAAGAGGUUCGCGUGUCCAGUGUGCAAUAAGAGAUUUAUGCGGUCAGAUCACCUAGCGAAACAUGUAAAAACGCACAACGGAGGUAAAAAGGGCAGUUCAGAUUCGUGUUCGGACUCUGAGGAGAAUAGCCAAGGAGAAGGCGGUUUGGGCGGGCGGUCGCCGGAGCAUCCUCUGGACGUGAAGCCGGGCGCGCUGGUGUGACGCGCGCGCGCGGCCGCGCCGCCCGCGCCGCCGCUGCCGCUGCUGCACCACGCGCCGCUCCUGUGAUACUGCCGCCCGCGCCCCGGCGCCGGCGCCGGCGCCCCGCCCGGGCCUGUACAUACCACAUAUCAGAACAUUGUACAUAGUAACGUGCUCCUGUAAAAUAAACAGUGCGGUGCUGCAGCCGUUGUGUAUUUGUUGUGAGAUUUAAGUGUUGUACAGUAUAGAACUAUAAAUGAUAUAGUAAGAAAUGUAUGGUUAAUUAGAAUAAGUAGAUCACUGUUUUAGUCCAAAAUUACAGUUCAUUAUUUAUUACAUUAUUUUAUAUAAUAAUACCUCAUUGAUAUGAAUGAAAACGAAUUUAUUGUCGGACCCUGCUGAUGCUUAUGUUCUUGCCUCUAAUAAUUUAUGUAUAAAGAUUACUAUUUUACAUGCAGUUUUGUAAAUAAUAUGGCUCCUACUUAAUGGUAGUUUAAGCCGGACUGCUGGGUACAUUAACUUUGCAAUAUUAAUAAAAAUAGAUAUAUGAACUAUACGGCAAUGAAUAUACCUACCAAGGGUAUGAUCAAUAUUUAAUUAACUAAAAAGUAGAUAAACCGAGACACCAACGACACGAUUUUGAGCUGACACUUGAAAAAUCUACCUUUGAGAUAUAACAGUUGUAGGUUAUUUGGCAGCGCAAAUAAACGUCACACUUUCAUUAAUUAUCUAUCUAUCUGUAAACCUACACACAUAUAUGUUUAGUUUUAAUAUCAUUCCUUGUCCCAAUAAUUACUUAUAAUUCAUCAAACCUUUAUAUUUAAUCUAGAUUGAAUAACAACUGGAUUUUGGCUGAAGACGAGUCAGGAUUCUAUUCAGAUAGUAAUUUCUUAAUAUCAAUUUGAAAAUGGUAUGACUCAUCAACCUCUGACAGUGACUGAAUGAAAGGCGCUUUCUGUGAUAUGAUAUAAUAUUAAUGAUAAAUUGGAAACAAGAAAUUACUAACCGAAUACCUCCUAAUCACAUCAGCAAAAAAUGUACUCUUACCACUAUUAAUCACAGGGAGAUUAUCCAAAAACGCUUAACAACUCCAUAGUGAACGAAACAUUUCCUUAUCGCAAUACUAUGAGCAGAAAUCGGACAGUUGGGCGUCAUUUGUAUGACGUUUACGGAAUAAAGAACCUUAUGUUUUUAGAAUGAUGCCCAGUUGUCCGAUCUCUGACAAUGAGUGAUUAGGUAAUAUAGCCAAACUAUUAGCUAGCGAAUCGUUCUCCAGGGAGCGAAUGAGGGGCAUAUUGAAUACGAAGUAUACGAACCCAAGUUUUAAAGGUACCUAAACUAAGCACCGUCACACUUGCAAUUGUCUCGUGAAAAACUUGCCUAAUAAAUGUUUAGAAAAAUCCACGAAAAGGUAGUAGGUGCAUACCUAUACUGUAAGAUGUCUCGUUUCAGUCUCAGUGUUCGACACAGCUUUUUGAGCUUCUCAUCCAUUCAUAAUACCUAAUACAGAUAACAAACACGUCAGUUACGAAAUUGUAACGAUAUUGAAUUAUUAAUUACAAACAUUGGGACAUUUUGCCUCUAUCUGGCUAUCUAGCACAACUUGCGUUCUGACGCGAGAGUCCAUACAUCUAGCUCGACUUUAUAUGAGGACAUUGUAGAAGUGAAGUUGUGCUAGAUGUUGCCAGAUAAUUUUUGUUUUAGUGUUUCAACUACCAUUAUGUAACUAUAUUAUUAUGUUCAAUGUUCAUACAAAGUUGACAUACAAAUAUUUAUCCCUUGUAAAUAAUUAAAAAAAUGGGUUUCUUGCCCAUGUUUUGUUGUUAGUCCUCAAUGACCAUAAAAAGUUUUGUCCAAUACUUAUACAAGUAUGUGUCCAUUAUUGUGCUAUUUUGUUAGCUUGGAAAGAUGUAAUUAAAUAAUAUCUGAACUUUAUUGUAUAUUGUACAAAAUUGUGCGAAUUAAAAAUGCCUGAUAUUGAUUUUAUAAAAAUUAAAGAUAUUUUUCCGAGUGGG